AGUACUGGAGCCGGUGCUGGAGGAAGGAGCGGUCGAGUUGAGAUCACAAAGGGCUGUUAGAAGGAUUUGCAGUUGGGAAAGUCAAAUCAAAAUCACAUCAAAAUCUGCCAGAGUCUCUCGAUUCGUCAGGACCUGAAUGUUAUCAUCCUUUGAACAUGGAAGCAAAAAGCACUGUUCACACCAGGUCGAAACCAUGGAAAUGUGGGGACUGUGGGAAGGGAUUCAGAUCUCCGUCUGAUCUGGAAACUCAUCGACGCAGUCACACUGGGGAGAGGCCAUUCAUCUGCUUCGUUUGUGGGAAGGCAUUCACUCAGUUAAUCGGUCUUCAGACACACCAGCGACUUCACACUGGAGAGAGGCCGUUCACCUGCUCCGUGUGUGGAAAUGGAUUCACUCGCUCAUCCCACCUACUGAAACACCAGCAAGUUCACACCAACAAGAGAGAAUUUCAAUGCCCCGACUGUGAAAAGAGCUUUAAAAACCCACAUGGACUGAGGGAGCACCAGCGCAUUCACACUGCAUAUGCACCGUUCAGCUGCUCACAGUGUGGUAAGAGGUUCAGUACAUCAUCCCACCUUCUGACACACCAACGAGUUCACACUGACGAGAGACCUUUUAAAUGUCCAGACUGUGGGAAGUGCUUCAAAAGUUCUAUGGAUCUGCAAUACCACCAACGUAUUCACACUGAUGAGAGACCAUUCAGAUGCUCUCACUGUGGUACUGGGUUCAGGCAAUCAUCUCAUCUCACUGCACACCAGCGCACCCACACUGGGGAGAGGCCAUUCACCUGCUCCAAGUGUGGAAAAAGAUUCACUCAGUCAUCCAACCUGCUGACACACCAGCGAAUUCACACUGGGGAGAGACCAUACACCUGCUCCGAAUGUGGGAAGGGAUUCACUCGCUUAUCCCACCUGGUGACACACCAGCGAGUUCACAAGUGAUUGCAGGGGUUGGAUUCUGCUGUUAUUGCUGCUGUUAAUCACAUCCUGGACUGAAUCAUGUUCAUUCUGACAGUUGGGGUUGAUCUCUAAUGUCAGUUACCCAGUUCAGACUUAGCAUGUACCUGCACCAUCUCUCAAUCAUGUGUGAAUAGAUCAACAUUGUCUACAAACCUUGUUUUAAAUUUAAAUCCACUCAGAAACUGUAAAGAUGAACGUUAAACAGAUCACAGUGCAAUCCUGCAGCUCUAUAUUGACCGGAGAAAGUCUGUUCUGUAACUCGAGGAUGAGGCUCGGUAAGCUCUGAAUGUUUGUGAUCACAAGUAGGCUCAAGCUAUUUGAGAGACGACGGGCUGUUCAAAACUGUUAACUGUUAAGAUAUUGAAGGAAUUACUCUGAAAGUAAACUCACCAAUUGUUAACCUCAGCCUCUGCUCCCUGCUGUAAUUAAUACUCAGCAUCCAUUCGUGCUGAUUUACAGUGAAUCACUGAAUAUUCUGUGGAGUCUUUGUUCCUUGUUUUGUGAAGUAGCUCUCCCCAUUAGUGCUGAACUGCUGGAUAACUCUGAUUACAAUUAGACACGUCUAGAAAGGAUCUGUGUGCCC